AUGGCCUCUAAUGUUUGCAGGGAAUUUGUGGACAAAAUCUUAGGCAUAUUAGAAGGAGAUGACUCAAUAUAUCCUUCUGGAAACUACAAGGUCAAUGGAGAUCACAUUCAGGACCUGUCUGUGAGUCCCAACUUAUCUAGUUGCCACUCAUCUUAUGGUAGGCCUGAUCUUCUUGUCCAUUGCUGCCCUCCAGAAAGUGAAGGAGAAGAGGCCAUCAUUGAUUUUCAAUUUCCGGAUCCUUUGACUCCUUUACGAGUUUGA